AUGGCCGUGAACGUGGUGGCCAUGAUGCUGGUGAUCAUCUACUACUGCGCCGUGGUGACGCUGGGCGUGUGGUCGAGCCGCAGGUUGGGCUCGGACAGCAGCGCGCAGAUGUCGCGGCUCAGCGUCGAGUCGCGCCGGAAGCAGGACGCGGCCCACUUCCUCAUGAAGCUGUUCAUAGCCAACCGCCACCUGCCACUCGUGCUGGGCGUCGGCUCCAUGACCGCGACCUGGGUUGGUGGUGGUUACCUGAACGGCACAGCGGAGGCCGUCUACAAGAACGGACUUCUGCAUUGUCACGCCCCUCUGGGCUACGCAGUCAGUCUGGUUUUAGGCGGCACUUUCUUCGCGAGCAAGAUGCGCGCGACCAGGCCGAUAACGAUGCUGGACCCGUUCCAGACACGCUACGGCCGGUGGAUGGCGUUGCUGCUCUGCUUCCCCGCAGUUGUCGGGGAAGUCUUCUGGACUGCCGCCGUCUUGGCAGCACUCGGUGACACCGCCCACGCAAUCAUGGAGGUGGACGUUCGUUUCUUCGUCGUCGCCUCAGCGCUGGUCGUGUUCUUCUACACAUCCCUCGGCGGUGUCUACGUGGUCACACACACCGAUGUCCUCCAGAUUGCCAGUACGGCCAUCUGUCUCGUAAGUAUACAUGGAUCGAGUGCCUAA